CCUAUUGUUCCUGCGGAUGAUGGAGUCCAAGGUCUCGGCAACGCGGCUGCCGUCGGCGCGGACGCUGGCCGCCGAGGACCCGCGUGGCGAGGCCGCGCUCAAGCAGCUGCGCAAGCUCUUCGAGGACGACAACUUCUCCAUGGACGACGUGGCGCUGCACUUUCUAUCGCUGUACUUCAUGCGCCUCUCGACGAACGCGGUCAUCCACGAGGUCGAGUCGCUCUUUGCCGAGCACUAUGCAACGCUGCAGCACAAGUUGCACAUUCGGGGCAUCUGGGCCUGGGUCAUCUUUCUCUCUGGCACGGUCCUGUACGACUACCUUAGCCUCAUCGAAGGCUACGGCAACAUGUUUACGACCGACCUCAUGAGCUCCAGCAACCCGAACGCCAAGCUAGCGUUCAUCAUAACGCUCGUGCUGCGCUUCGCGGUGGUCAUUCCGCUGCUGUUGAUCAACCUCUGGUCGGGCUACCGCGAGUCGUACAAGGUGCACAUGCGCUACACGUGGGUCUCGCACAUUGCGCUCGCGCUCUACCCGGUUGUCUACAACCUCCUUACGUUCGACUUUGGCGUCUCGUGGCUCUGCCUCGUCAUCAUGUACUUUUACAGCUUUACGCCCAUUCGGUUCCUUCACGCAGCCCUCUUCAACAUGCUCCUCCUUGGCAUGUACGCCGCAUUAGCCUACGGCGGCGUCCUCUCGUCCGACAAGAUUGACACGUUCCAGCGCGAGUGGCUUUGGGCACUCCUCUUCUUUGCCCUCAUCUCGUACCCGAGGUAG